UUGGCUGACAGCUCUCACUGGAUCAGAAAAAGUUCUACAAAAUUCUGGACAUCUUUUCAUGUAUUGGACACCCUGAAAAUUGUGUGGAAACUUCCUGAUGGUCGAGUAGUGGGGUUCUAACCCAACACUGUCUGGCCUAUAGCCAAUAAUGCCGGAGGAGGGCGCAGUCAUGAUGGACACAGAGCCGGGUGACUGUGAACCUGUCCAGUUACAGCCGUUCAUCCAUCAGGUGGGCGGUCAUACCAGCAUGCUACGCUUCAAUGAUGACACACUCUGCAAACCACUGAUAGAACGUGAACAGGUCUUCUACCAGGCAAUUCCAUGUAGUCUAAAGCAGUUCACUCCACAAUACAGAGGGGUUAUCGAGGUGCAGCUACAUGAAGACAGUGAGGGCUAUAUUACACUGAUUGGUUACCCUCCUGAGAGUGGCAAGGUCACCAGGAACACGUCUCCAGCAUCCAGCGAGAGUGAUACAGAUACAGUUAGUCCCGUCCUUAAUACCAAACACAGACAUGACCGGCCAACUGACCCUUACAGUGUGAGAUUGCUGAGGAGUGGUAGCCUUGAAGUGAGCACACAGACAGAGAAGGUGUUCCAUAUGAAUGAUCCUAAAUCAGGCAAGCAUGACAAGACAGAGGGGAUCAAUCCCUGGAGCCUUAAAUGCCACAAACGCCAACUGUCCAAGAUGAGGCGUAUCACACAGGGUGCAGGUUCUUUCACUAGUAAGUUUAUUUUGCUGGAGAAUAUUGCAGCUCAAUGUGAUUACCCCUGUAUUCUGGACCUGAAAAUGGGAACACGACAACAUGGAGAUGACGUCCCAGAGGCCAAGAAACAAAGUCACAUUAAAAAAUGUGAACAGUCAACGUCAAGUGUCCUCGGUGUUCGCAUCUGUGGCAUGCAGGUUUACCAGGCCAACACCCAGAAAUACAUUUGUCACAACAAGUACUAUGGACGAAGCCUAUCGGUGGAAGGUUUUAAACAGGCUUUGUGUCAGUUCUUACAUAAUGGUCACACACUGCGGACAGAACUGGUACACGAGAUAGUGAAACGCCUACAAGACUUGCACCAAAGUGUGACAGAACAGGACACAUUCCGCUUUUACUCUAGUUCUCUCCUCAUCAUGUAUGAUGGUGUGGUGGGCAACGGUAAUACAGCUUCCACCAGUAGACACGGACAGUCCCACUCGGCUGGAGAGCGGGAACUUGAACAUGAAGACAGUGACAGUAACACAAGUUGUGUAUCGGAGGGUGAUCAACCCUCGAACAUGGUCUAUUUGCGUGGUGGACAGAUCCCAAAUGUGGAUGUGAAAAUGAUAGACUUUGCACACAGUACACACAGUGGCUUUCAGGGCGAUAAAACAGUACACAAGGGGCCGGAUGAGGGCUAUCUCCUUGGCCUUGCAAACCUCAUCAAAAUGUUUAAUGAAAUUGUGGAUAGACCCCUCCCUCUCUAACAAAAAAUAUUCUGUGCAUAUUGACACAAAUUGUUGGAUUUUGUUUGUGAUUUUUAAGACAUUGAUACCUCAGGCAAAAAUCACUGGACAUUUCUGAUGGCAGUCUGUCUCCGUCUAAUCUGAGGUGUCUCAAUGUUAAGAAGGGAGUGUGAUGUAUAAGCUGACCUCUAGACCAGUAGGAUCAUCGACGCUGAUGUGUCCAUAUCAAUAUCGGGUCAUGUUAAAUUUCAUCUAUGUAUUUUCAUCUCUGUAUGUUUGAUCAGAAGAUCUCAUGCAUUUAUGUCAUAAAAAUCACUUCAUUCUGUUACAAUGAUCUACAUGUAUAUGACUUUAUUGACUUGAGACAGAUUUUUCAUUAUACAUGAAGAUUUAUGUUGUUGUUACGUUCAUUUUCAAGUGUUGAAUAUAUUAGCGGAGAUUCAUUGAUUGUCACACAUAAGCCUACACAUCAGUUAUAAUACAGGUAGCAUCACAUCUACAGAAAAUCUUAUGGUAUUUUUUUCAUUUGUUUAAAGAAAAUUUUUAUUUAAAUGUUUUGGUUUGCCGUAGUAGACUGUACAAUGUAGUUAUUUUUUAAUUUUUGUGAUAUGUAUUAUGAUAAAUUUACAGUAAAUUAUCUGCCUUGAUAUUAGAUCAUUUUAGCAUAAUGGUAUAUGUGUUAGUUUUUUGAAUGCUUUGCUUGGUGGUUAACACAUCAACUUGCUUUGUU